UUCCCAAAUUACAGCAAACAAACACUGCCCAAAGCAAAAAAAUAAAAUAAAAAUAAAAAAACCUCUCUUCAAUCUUCCCUCUCAAGUCAAUUUUCAUUUUCGUCAAAAAAAUUUCACAUUUUUUAGAUCUGUUUUACUUCAAUUUUAUCAGUUACUACUGUGUGUGUGUGUGUGUUUAUGCGCAAAAUUAUUUAAAUUGAGGUUAAGGAAAGAUCAAUUGAGUAAUUUGAUUUCAAAUUGGGAAAUUGAGUGUUUGUAACCGGGUCGGGUUUAAUUUGUUGGUUUUUUAGGGUUUUUGAAAUUGAAUUACUGUUAUGACGACUGCUGAAGCGUUAAAUGUGAUUCCAGCUGCUGUUUUGCGUAAUUUAUCGGAUAAGUUGUAUGAGAAGCGUAAAAAUGCUGCAUUGGAGUUGGAAGGGAUUGUUAAGCAUUUGACAUCUGCGGGUGAUCAUGAUAAGAUCAAUGCUGUUAUCAGUUUGUUGUCCCAGGAAUAUACUUACUCACCUCAGGCUCAUAACCGGAAAGGAGGAUUGAUAGGACUGGCUGCAGUAACGGUUGGUUUGACUACAGAAGCAGCGCAACACCUUGAGCAAAUUGUACCACCAGUCUUACACUCUUUUUCGCACCAAGACAGCAGAGUUCGUUAUUAUGCCUGUGAAGCUUUGUAUAACAUAGCAAAGGUUGUAAGAGGAGAUUUCAUCGUAUUCUUCAAUCAGAUCUUUGAUGCUUUGUGUAAGCUUUCGGCGGAUUCAGAUGCCAAUGUGCAAAGUGCUGCUCAUCUUUUAGAUAGACUUGUGAAGGAUAUUGUCACAGAGAGUGAGCAAUUCAGCAUUGAAGAAUUUAUUCCUUUGCUGAGAGAACGAAUGAAUGUCCUCAAUCCUCAUGUCCGCCAAUUUCUUGUUGGGUGGAUCACAGUUUUAGAUAGUGUUCCAGAUAUUGAUAUGCUCGGUUUUCUUCCUGAUUUUCUUGAUGGAUUAUUUAAUAUGCUGAGUGAUUCUAGCCAUGAAAUACGGCAACAGGCUGAUUCUGCACUUUCAGAAUUUUUACAAGAGAUUAAGAAUUCUCCAUCUGUAGAUUAUGGCCGCAUGGCUGAAAUACUAGUGCAGAGGGCAGGCUCAAAGGAUGAAUUUACUAGGCUGACUUCUAUCACUUGGAUAAAUGAAUUUGUGAAACUUGGUGGAGAUCAACUUGUCCCUUAUUAUGCUGACAUUCUGGGAGCAAUAUUGCCUUGUAUAUCUGAUAAAGAAGAAAAAAUAAGAGUUGUUUCUCGUGAAACAAAUGACGAACUUCGUGCAAUUGAGGCUGAUCCAGCUGAGGGAUUUGAUGUAGGAGCAAUCCUCUCUGUUGCUAGGAGGCAGUUGUCUAGUGAAUGGGAGGCAACUCGUAUUGAAGCAUUACAUUGGAUGUGGACCCUGCUUAAUGGACAUCGUUCAGAGGUCUUGGUUUUUCUGAAUGAUGUCUUUGACACUCUCCUAAGGGCACUAUCAGAUCCCUCCGAUGAGGUAGUACUCUUGGUGCUUGAGGUACACGCAUGCAUAGCUGAAGAUCCGCAACACUUCCGCCAGCUGGUUGUUUUCCUAGUUCACAGCUUUCAGCACGAUCACUCACUUCUGGAGAAACGUGGAGCUUUGAUAAUUCGACGGCUAUGUGUACUUCUAAAUGCUGAAAGAGUUUACCGUGAACUGUCCACAAUACUUGAAGGAGAAUCAGAUUUGGACUUUGCAUCUGUGAUGGUUCAGGCUUUAAACUUGAUUUUGCUUACUUCACCUGAGUUGUCUGACCUUCGGGAUCAUCUUAAACAAUCACUGGUCAAAGAUGCUGGGAGAGACUUGUUUCUUUCUUUGUACGCAUCAUGGUGUCAUUCACCAAUGGCAAUGAUAAGUCUCUGCCUAUUAGCUCAGGCAUAUCAACAUGCAAGUUCUUGUAUUCAGUCUUUGGUCGAAGAAGAUAUCAAUGUGAAGUUCUUAGUGCAACUUCAUAAGUUGAUCCACCUUCUGGAGACUCCAACCUUUGCUUACCUUAGGCUGCAGCUUCUUGAACCUGGAAGAUACAUAUGGUUGUUAAAAGCAUUAUAUGGUCUGUUGAUGCUGUUACCGCAGCAAAGUGCAGCUUUCAAGAUUCUUCGUACUCGGUUGAAAACUGUUCCUUCAUACUCCUUUAAGGAAGAGAAAGUUUCACGAACAUCGUCUGGGAUUCCAUUUUUCAACGGAGGAGGUGGAUCACAAGUUACAGAGGAUGGCAACCCAAAUGAGAACUCGCAUGAUAUGCAUAAUGGGAUUAACUUUGCUUCUAGGCUGAAGCAUUUUAAGCAAAUUCAACAGGAGCAUCGUUCGCAUUCAAAGUCAGAGACUCAUUCACGUUUUAGUUCUGCUUCAUCAAUGAAGGAGUUAUGAAGACCAGAAGAAUCAAAACAAUCUGCUGCAGCAACAGACUUGAACAAGCCUUCUUCAAGAUCAUCGCGA